AGUUUCCGAGCGCAUGGCGAAGGACGAGCGACAGAUGAUAAUGGAAGCAGCAGCUCAAACCGAGGCUGUGUCUCAUUACAAGAAGGAGCAAGCCGUCACCUACUUCAAUCGAGGAAGUAUGGGAGCCUACUACAAACAUCUGGAGGAUGGUCAGCUGGAGUUCCAGGAAGCCAUCGGCAUUAUGGUCUACGUCAAGAUGCUUUUGGCCAAGACCAACUGCACCAGAACCAAAGAGCAAGAAGAGGCUGGCGUGGAAUAUUCCAGAGCCUACAUGGAGAAGGAGGGCUGCCAGCUUCUACCAAAAUUAAAACAAGAGAAGCACAACUGCACCUUUGGUAUCUUCAUCAACAUGAGAACCGAAAAGAAAGCCGUCGUCAGCCAGGACUGCAUUAUCACGCCCAGAAUUAAACUUCCUUUUUAAAGGGUCUCACCUUCUGAUGCUCAGCUCUGGGAGGAAAGCACCCCCCUGCCUUCCCCGAUAACCGCAUAAUCACUUAGAAGCAACUACCCAGCCUCCCCACUCGCCCACCCUAAGGGGAAUCCACCGCACUCCCAUCCCCAAAUCCUCAUAGCUCUUGUUCUGAAAUAGGAUAAUAAAAUUAAAUUG